GCACUCCUCCCAGAUUCCUAGAGCUGACAGAGCGAUGGCGGGUUCGCCGGGUGUGAGGCUUCACAGCGGUCCGGUGACCAAGUCGAGGAUUUUUCUGGUGGUCUAGUCUCAGAGAUUACAUCUGUAGUCAGCACAAUGAUUCCCUUCCAAGCCCAGUGGUGCCCAGUUGCCUCCAGGUCCCAGACCUUUAUGUGGACAAGAAAAGCUUACAGAGGAAAUGGUAAUUCUCCACUUGCACCCUGAGGUGUCCAGUUGCAGCCCAUGGAGAUCCAGUUCAAUUAUGAAUCUCAGGAACACCACCUUCUGUCAGGUGGUGAGAACAAGACCAAGAUUGGAAAGCCAGCUUCAGAGGAGGGAAUUACAGCAAAAACUGAACCAUUGACAGAAGAGUCUAGCAGUCUCAGAGAGAAUGUUCUCCAGGAUUCUGAAGGCAGAGAAUUCUGUGAAUUUGGGGAUAAAUUAAAUGAAAAAGAUCAGAACGUCUUUAAAAGGAGACCUCAAAACUGUGAAGGAUAUGGGCAAAGCUUCGUUUGGAGUACAAGCCUUUUUAGGCAUCGAAGAACCCAUUGUGAGAAACCUUAUGAAUGUGAUAAGUGUGAAAAGGCCUUUAGUGUGAGCUCAGCCCUGGUUCUGCAUCAGAGAAUUCAUACUGGGGAGAAACCCUAUUCUUGUAAUUGGUGUAUUAAAAGUUUCAGUCGGAGCUCAGACCUUAUUAAACACCAAAGAGUCCACACUGGUGAAAAACCCUAUAAAUGUGAUGAGUGUGGGAAAGCCUUCAGUCAGAGCUCAGAUCUUAUUAUACAUCAGAGAAUCCAUACAGGAGAAGAACCCUAUCAGUGCAGUCACUGUAGUAAAAGUUUUAGCCAGCGCUCAGAUCUGGUUAAACAUCAGAGAAUCCAUACUGGAGAGAAGCCUUAUACUUGUAACCAGUGUAACAAACAUUUUAGUCAGAGUUCUGAUGUGAUAAAACAUCAAAGAAUUCACACUGGGGAAAAACCAUAUAAAUGUGAUGUGUGUGGGAAAGCCUUCAGUCAGAGCUCAGAUCUUAUUCUGCAUCAGAGAAUCCACACUGGGGAGAAACCAUAUCCGUGUAAUCAGUGUAGCAAAAGUUUCAGUCAGAAUUCAGAUCUUAUUAAACAUCGAAGGAUCCACACUGGAGAGAAACCCUAUAAAUGUAAUGAAUGUGGGAAAGCUUUUAAUCAGAGCUCAGUCCUUAUUUUACAUCAGAGGAUUCAUACUGGAGAGAAACCCUAUCCUUGUGAUCAAUGUAGCAAAACCUUCAGUAGGCUUUCAGAUCUUAUUAAUCAUCAACGAAUUCACACUGGAGAGAAGCCUUACCCAUGUAAUCAGUGCAAUAAAAUGUUUAGUCGAAGAUCGGAUCUUGUUAAACAUCACAGAAUUCAUACAGGUGAGAAACCCUAUGAAUGUGAUGAAUGUGGGAAAACCUUUAGUCAGAGCUCCAACCUUAUUCUUCAUCAGAGAAUCCACACUGGAGAGAAACCUUAUCCAUGUAGUGAUUGUACUAAAAGCUUUAGUCGCCGUUCAGAUCUUGUUAAGCAUCAAAGAAUACACACUGGAGAGAAACCAUAUGCAUGUAAUCAGUGUGAUAAAACUUUUAGUCAAAGCUCAGACCUCACUAAACAUCAGAGAGUACACUCUGGUGAAAAGCCUUAUCAUUGCAAUAGUUGUAAGAAAGCCUUCAGUCAGAGUUCUGACCUUAUUCUUCAUCAGAGAAUUCACACUGGAGAAAAAUCAUAUCCAUGCACACAGUGCAGCAAAAGUUUCAUUCAGAACUCAGACCUCAUUAAACACCAGAGAAUCCACACUGGGGAAAAACCAUAUAAAUGCAGUGAGUGCAGGAAGGCUUUCAGUCAGUGCUCAGCUCUUACUGUACACCAGAGAAUCCACACUGGGGAGAAACCAAAUCCAUGUGAUGAGUGUGGCAAAAGCUUUAGUCGGCGUUCUGAUCUCAUUAACCAUCAAAAAAUACACACUGGUGAAAAGCCGUAUAAGUGUGAGGCACGUGGGAAAGCCUUUAGCACAUGCACAGAUCUUAUUGAACACCAGAAAAUCCAUGCUGGGGAGAAACCUUACCAGUGUGUUCAGUGCAGCAGAAGUUUUAGCCAACUCUCUGAACUUACUAUUCAUGACGAAGUCCAUUGUGGGGAAGACAGUUAAAAUGUCAUGAAUGUGAGAAAACCUUUAGUAUAUACUUCAACUCUAUUCAGUACCAGAGACACCAUACCAGGAAAAAAUCUAAUGAAUGCUGUUCAUUAUUGAUGAGUAUGAAAAAGUUUUUAAAUCAGUGGUAAGCUCUUAUGCUACAUUAAAACCACACUGGAGCCAGGCGUGGUGGCUCAUGGCUGUAAUCCUAACACUUUGGGAGGCAGAGGUGGAAGCAUCACUUGAGCCCAGGAGUUUGAGGCUACAGUGAGCUAUGAUCCCACCAUUGCACUCCAGCCUGGGCAACAGAGCAAGACCCUGUCUAUUAAAAAACAACAACAUCAUCAAACAAACAAACCAAAAACACCAGUACCACACAGGAGAUUAAUUCAGUUUUUAUAAUGAAAGUUUAACUCAGAGCUCAGACAUUACUAAAAUUAAGAAAAAUUCUCCAGCCUGGCCAACAUGGUGAAAGCCUGUCUCUACCAAAAAAUAAAAAAUAAUCAGCUGAGUAUGGUGGCAGGCACCUGUAGUCCCAGCUAUUCGGGAGGCUGAGGCAUGAGAAUCACUGGAACCUGGGAGGUGGGGGUUGCAGUGAGCCGAGAUCCGCCACUGCACUCCAGUCUGGGCAACAGAGUGAGACUCUGUCUCAAGAAAAAAAAAAAAGAAGAAAAAGAAAAACUCUGAGGAAGAGUCCUGUGAGUUGUGGGAAAACCUUCAAUGUGAAAAAAUUUUUUACUGAAUGUGAGUAUACAACAAUAGAAACAAAUUUCUAUCUUUUCUAUAAUGUUGGAAAAGCUCUAGUCUUAUUCAGACAUAACCUACAGGAAGAGAGUUGUAUUAUUGUGAGAGAUCUAAUGCAGAACUUAUCAAGUAUUGUAAAAAUCAGUGUGGGAGGUAUUCAGUCAAAAGUCAGAAGGAAAUGUAUUAUUGUUAUAAUCUCAAACCUUUAGAGAGCUUAAAUUACCAAUGGCAUAUCAGAAAUUAUUUUAGAUAAUGUAGGGAAAACUUAAAUCCCCUCCAUAUCUUAAUUGGCAUUUAUAAUAAUAUGACACUUAACCCUGAUAGCUAGUCUUACUUUAUGCUAAUGCUAGAUAUCUAUUUUUAAAUUCCACGUGUGUAAACAUGCUAUACUAUUCUGAUAUUAAACUUACUAAGUACAUAAUUCCAGUGCCCCCUUUUCUCAGAAGAUUUUUUUUGUUUUUAGUUUUGGAGGGUAUAGUUUUGGUUUUCCUAGUGCACAUUAGUUUGUGCAAGUUCUCGUAAUGUUCACAGGAAAUACAGAUUUAUUUUGCUUUGAAUAAUACAGCCCAUAAAUUCUAUUGGUUUGAAAGUUCUUCACUACCAUUUAAUAACAGCUGCUAAACCUGUGAAACAGGAUCUUUAAAAAAAUUUUCAUUAUGUCAAAGUGUAGAGAUGUUUCUAGCAGCAUUUAUCUUCUCAUCUAUAGAUUGAACAAAAAGUAGUAGCUGUGAAAUUGUGAUUUGUAAUAAAUAUAUAUCUGGUCUUCAUCCCCU